GUCUCGCGCCCACUAAAUGUUUAGCCGCAGUAAUUCGCAUCCUGGCAAUGGAUCCGCCGCUGACAUAUACACACAAGCAUUUGCCAAUGCUACGCCAGUUAAAUCUCCAGCGGCCGAUACGAAAACUCCAGAGCGCGAUGCUAAUCGUGGCCAUUGGGGCUCGAAAACGGAAUUUAUGUUAUCCUGCAUAGGUUAUGCUGUAGGCAUUGGCAACGUGUGGCGUUUUCCGUAUUUGUGCUAUCGCAGUGGAGGAGGCGCAUUUUUGGUACCUUAUCUACUAAUGUUGUUCUGUUGUGGCAUUCCUUUAUUUCUUAUGGAAAUUAUAAUGGGCCAAUUUUCCAGCCUCGGCUGCAUAGGCGUCUUCCGCUUGGCUCCCCUAUUUAAAGGCGCUGGUUUCGCCAUAGUGAUUGUGAAUUUUAUUUGCACUUGCUACUACUCUGUGAUUAUUGCCUAUCCAAUAAUGUUUUUAAGUAAAUUACUUUCUCAUAAAUUACCAUGGAUUGAUUGUAAGAAUGAGUGGAAUACCGAAUAUUGUGUGGAGGUCUUAGAAUUAGGGAAACGUAAUUUUACACACCAUACCGGCUUUCGCACACCAGCCGAUGAGUUUUUUCACUACGAGAUAUUACAAGUUUCUGAUAGUAUAGAAGAAUUGGGUGGCAUCGUUUGGCCGCUAUUUUAUUGUCUGAUCUUUGUGUGGCUCUCCGUUUACGUUUGCAUUAUUCGUGGCAUAAAAACCGUUGGCAAAGUGGUUUACUUCACAGCGGUCUUUCCCUUCUUCAUACUUUUCGUACUAUUCAUACGUGGCAUUACCUUGCCUGGUGCAAUGCGAGGUAUUCUAUUCUACAUUAAGCCCGAGUGGUCACGCCUAUUGGAUCUGAAAGUUUGGGCUGAUGCUGCCAUACAAAUUUUCUUUUCACUUGGACCCGGUUGGGGUGGCAUCGUCAAUAUGGCAAGUUUCAAUAAUUUUCGAAAUAAUGCCAGAGGUGAUUCAUUUAUAAUACCGAUUGUAAAUUGUGCCACCAGCAUAUUUGCGGGAUUUGUAGUUUUCUCCGUGCUGGGUUUUUUAUCACAUCAGUCAGGUAUACCAGUCGGUACGGUGGCCACAUCUGGUCCAGGUCUUGCAUUUGUUACAUAUCCCCAAGCAAUUGCUAUGCUACCAGUGCCCCACCUAUGGGCUGCGCUCUUCUUUUUCAUGCUCUUUCUGCUUGGCUUGGAUAGUGUGUUUGUGCAAAUUGAGGCCAUUAUAUCGUCUGUCAUCGAUGAGGUACCAAAACUGCGCAAACAUAAGGCACUCGUCACAUUGGGAUCAGUAUUUAUUAUGUUUUUGAUGUCCAUUAUAAUGGUGACAAGGGGUGGCAUGUUCAUACUACAACUCUUCGAUUGGUAUUCCGCUUCCGUUUCGGUAAUACUCAUUUGCGUGCUGGAAGUUGUGAUGGUCGCCUGGAUUUAUGGGGUAGAUAAUUUCAUCGACGAUAUUUACUUUAUGAUUGGAAAACGGCCAGGCAUUGUGUGGAAAUUCUGUUGGAUGUAUCUUACGCCGAUUAUAUUAAUUGGCAUGUUCUUCACCAGCAUCAUAUUCAAUCGAGACAUAACCUAUAACGGCAUAAUUUAUCCACGUUGGGCCAUAGCACUUGGGUGGCUGAGCUGUUGCAUCUCCAUCGCCUGCAUUCCUACAUAUAUGAUUUAUGCGCUAAUGCGUGGCAAAGGUUCGCUAUUGGAGAUUUUACGAAAGCAACUGCAAGCCAACGAUUGGACACCAGCAAGUGAGGAGCAUCGUAUUGAAUAUGAGGAGUAUCAGCGUACACGGAAAUUUACGUGUGAAUUGAAUAAUAUGUAUGAGAGUGGCAAGUGUGGCUAAAGUGCGGAUGUGUAGAUGUAAAUAUGUAGUUGAUGUGCAGUAUAGUAAAACAUAAAUGAGAUUAUUUUAAAUAAUAUGCAA